AUGGCUCCGGGCGACUCACAGACGCUGCAUCCUAAGCCGAAGUCUGCGGUGCCGUCGUACCUGCUGAACGGGACUUCUUCGGUGCGCAUGCCGAGCAGCAGUCGGGAGCGAGAGAGCCUGAACCACUCGAUCAAGUCGUCGUUUGAACGGAAACACGCCCUGGGCCCGGAUGAGCUCAGAGACGCGGCUACUAUAGGGGAUACGUCGAAUACAAACGCCCCGGCCCCCAGCACUGACGAGGACAAGGUCAAUGGCGAGGAGACGAAGCCCAACGGGCUGAAGAUGGUGACCGAUGUGGCCUCGCAACCGCAGCAGAAACGCAGCGUGAGCAACCAUUCUAGAGACCAGAUAUCGCCUCCGUCGACCGCUGUCAGUCGCCCUGCCAGUCCAUAUACGUUGAAUCCACCAAUAGACUUUGACGGACUUAGCUGGCCUAGUCUGGGAACAAGAGAGCGGUUGGAGUCGACGCCUGAACAAACCGAGCAGCGGAUUCAGAAGCUCGCGGGUGCCGUGAGGACUAUCCUUGAGUGCAUUGGAGAAGAUCCGGAGCGGGAAGGCUUGCUCGAGACGCCAGAGCGAUAUGCCAAAGCUCUAAUGUUUUUCACCAAGGGGUACGAAGAAAAUGUACGAGAUCUGGUCAAUGGUGCAGUAUUCCAUGAGGAUCACGAUGAGCUUGUGAUUGUCAAGGACAUCGAGGUGUUCUCCUUGUGCGAGCACCAUAUGGUUCCUUUCUCUGGAAAAAUGCACAUUGGCUACAUUCCAGACCGCCGAGUUCUCGGUCUUUCGAAACUGGCUCGUCUUGCGGAAAUGUUCUCUCGUCGGCUUCAGGUUCAAGAACGACUAACAAAGCAAGUCGCUCUCGCCAUUGUUGAAGUCCUCAAGCCUCAAGGCGUUGCCGUAGUCAUGGAAUCAAGCCAUCUCUGCAUGGUCAUGCGUGGUGUCCAAAAGACGGGCAGUACUACCACCACCAGCUGUAUGCUUGGUUGCAUGAGGUCAAGCGCAAAGACCAAGGAAGAGUUCCUCAGCCUGUUGAACAGGAGAUAA